AUGCAGAGCAGUAGCGGAGGUUUUCGGCCUUCUGGGUCUGAAGACCCAAUCCUAAACCAGCUUCGCCAGGAGCUCAACGGACUGGCUAGCCUCUAUACCCAGUUAGUGGCUGAUGUUCUCGCAGGCAAUCCCAUGCCUGUGGCACCCAUGUUGGAUACCGAGAAGUCGCUUCAAUUAGCGAGGUAUCCGGAUGACCACGCUCGCUAUCGCGAGAUCAUGCGAGCAGGCAUUAAGCGCAUCGAUGCCGCCAGUCGCAAGUAUUAUGAUCAGAUCAUAGCGGGAGCCGCGCCUUCAGUGGAUAGGACGCCUUUGUACAGCCAGCCAGCCUCUUCAGGAAAGAAGAAGCCGCUCACACCACCUUCGUACAGGGCGCGCCCGCCCCUACCAGAGAACGAGAGCGCGCCGACAGCACAGCCAGGCAAGAAAGUACCCCCGACCUUUGGCACGAUGCUACAGCGCAGCUCUACCAUGGCGCCUGAAGCAGCCACUCCCCAAGGUCCACAUUUGCCAGGCCUGAACCCAGCACAAGUUCCUAGACAGGCAGCGCAGCCAGCCCCGACUCAGGGCACAUAUAGCAGGGUCAACCCUCCCUCGAGCGGGUUUGUUGAUAACGUGCUCAUCCGCGAGGGUUGGACUCGCUGGGAGAACUAUGCCGGCCAGCCGAAGUCGCAGACAGCCAAAUACGAGAGUGGUUCGCAAGAUGGACAAACCAUCAAGAACGCUAAAGGCGAAGAUGCAGUCGCAACCAGGUUGAAUCCUGCAGUGUACGGCGGCACACCAGCUAUGGAUGUCGGCUACUGCCAGGGGUGGAUUAAUGGGAACUGUGAGUUCCAGAACUGGGAACUGUGUCCGUUCCGACAUUGGGUCCCAGAACCUAUCGAGCAGCGAUGGCAUUCGGAGGAGUUCAUGAGCAAGAUUUUGGCAUCCAGUGGAGGCCCCUAUCUGCCACCAGAUAAUCCGAAUUCCAAGUACGCAGGUCGCUCGCGCGUGUAUUCUAACAGGGACGUGUUCAAGCCACAGAAGUUUCUAGAGGCAGCACCACCGGAGCUCAAUGCAUGGUAUGAUCAAGCUCUGAUUAACGAUAAGCCUAUCCCUACCCCCGAACAACAGGCUGCGGAGAAAGUUGGGUACAAGAUCACAGAAACGUUCAAACAAACUGGCUCCAAGAAGACGGGGCCAGAGCAAUUCCCGCCCAUUUCAUCCACGGAAUCGAAGCCUUCAAAGGCCACAACCACCUCAGCUAGCGAUUGGGCUGAGGAUGAGGAUUCUGCCGACGAGAAGGACCGCCGGUAUCGAGACGCCAGAGCUCGGGUGGCUAAGUACGAAGCCAAUGGGUUGGGGUUUCUGUAG